AUGCGGCGUGCUUAUCUUAGAGAUGGCCCAUGUCAACCUAUUCUUUUACCUACAAAAUAUCCACCUUCAGGACCAGAGAAUCAUCGUCGUCGAUUUCAAGCUUCUUGGUUUCAGACAUACUCAAGUUGGUUGGAGUAUUCGGAAUCAAAGGAUGCCAUCUUUUGUCAUCCAUGUUACAUUUUUGCUAAGAAAUCAACAGGGCGUCCGGGAUCAGAUCCAUUUACAGUGAAAGGUUUUAGGAAUUGGAAAAAGGUGAACGAUGGAAUGAAUUGUCCUUUAAUGGGACAUGUGGGGACAGAUCCAAAUUCACCACAUAAAAUUGCUGUGAAAUGUUGUGAAAAUUUAAAGAAUUAUUCACGGCAUAUUGAUAAGUUGAUUGAAAAGCAGUCAUCACAGGAAAGAGAGAAUAAUCGAUUGCGGCUCAAAACCUCAAUAGAUAGUGUUAGAUGGCUAGCAUUCCAAGCAUGUGCAUUUAGAGGUCAUGAUGAAAGCUCCGACUCAAAAAAUCAAGGUAACUUCAUUGAAUUGAUAAAGUUAUUAGCAACUUUUAAUGAUAAAGUUGAUGGAGUUGUGUUGACAAAUGCUCAACGGAAUGCCAAAUAUACAUCACCCCAAAUUCAAAAAGAAAUUUUGCAUAUCUUUGCAACUAAAGUGCGAGAUGUGAUUCACAAAGAAAUUGGGGAUGCUAAAUUUUGCAUUCUUGUUGAUGAAGCUCGGUAUGAGUCAAAAAUGGAGCAAAUGGCAAUCAUUUUGAGAUUUGUUGAUAAAGAUAGUUUUAUUCGAGAGAGAUUCUUUUAUAUUGUCCAUGUCAAAGAUACUACUGCAUUAACUUUAAAAAAGAAAAUAUGUGAUGUCAUUUCUUGUAACGACCUCAAAAUUCAGAAUAUUCAAGGUCAGGGAUAUGAUGGAGGUAGUAAUAUGCGUGGUGAAUGGAAUGGGCUACAAGCUUUAUUUCUUAGAGAAUGUCCAUAUGCAUAUUAUGUGCAUUGCUUUGCUCAUAAGCUACAAUUAGCUUUGGUUGCAACAUCUAGAGAAGCAAAAUAUGUUCAUUAG